GUCAGGUAGCAGGGCCUUUGGGAUCCAGUCGCUCAUUGACUGUGAGCUCAGGCAAGCUCGUACACUCCAGAGGCUCCUCUGCUUCCGUGUUUCACGAGAAUGCAGUGUUACAGGAUCCUAAAUGCAGUUGUGAGGAUUAAAUGUGAAAGUGCUCAUGGCAUACAGAAUGCUGAACCCAGGCCUGGCGCAGAAGGGUCAGCCAUUUCUAAUGGGAUACAGGCACACAUGCAUGGGCAAGGAGCCCACUCUGCACCUCUCCAAGACAAAGGCAAUCCGUCUGAAGGAUAUCUUGAAUGUGAAUGAUUCUCUGCUUUAUCAACCUUGAGUCUGCACAUAAGUCACAGCCCUCUUCUUUCGUCGGCAAUUCCAGCAAAAUUCCAUGUCUGUGAUUGUUUUCAUUGCCACCCAGUUUAUGGGACACAUGUAUUCCUUUCCCACUUUAAAGGUUUCUGCAGUCGCAGUCACGUUCACUGCAAGCGCGGGGGAUGAUCUUCCCAUUUAAAACAUUGGCCAAUCAACCGCAUCAUUUCAUUUUGAAUCGCAACUCCUGUGUUGUGUAAUUACUUGUGAAGGUUGAGAAAUGGGCCUCUCCAGGAAGAUCCUUUCUUUACUAGACCAGCAAGAAUGAGCCUGUCUAAGUGAACCUACUCUAGCCCCUUAGAGGGCCUUCUGCCUUCAACUUCCAAAGCCUCCAUGACUGAGCUUGUCCACCACAUGCAUGCCUGGUGCCUGCGGAGUUCAGAAGAGAUGAUCAGAUUCCUUGGAACUGGAGUUCAGGAUGGUGGUGAGUCACUACCUUGUGGGUCCUGGGAACUGAUUUCAGGUCCUUUGGAAGAGAAGCAAGUGAUCUUGACCAGUAAGCCAUUUCUGCAGUUCCUGAGAUUAUCUCAAACCAUGAAGUAUCAUCUAAAUUUCUGUUCAAUGACUUCCAAUCUCAGAUCCACCUCAGAUUCACUGUCAGACUAGAGGUAGCAACCCCUACCAAUAUACAUUUUUUAAUCCAGAGAAUUCAGUAUUGCUUUAGUUUUUCACAGGGCGUACAUUUGUCCUCUACAGUAUGUCUUUCACGGUCUUUCAUGUGCUUGACCAGGCGAGGAAGGACUCAACUGAAAGAGGUGAGACACGCCCUAUAGGUUUUCAGUACUUGGGUGGUGUUUCCUGCCUUUCAGCUUCCUUACUUCAAAUUCAUUUCCAAUGGUUCUGGUUUGAUUGACUUUCUUUUUUCUGCUUAUGAUGGAUAGUGUUCAUAAAAUCCACCCAUCUGAAACAGUCCCAUCCAUACACCCAUCACACAUAAUGAUAGAGGGCAAUUCCAGUGCUUUGAAGAUCCUCUAUGCUCUCUUUCAUAUCAGCGCCUCCACCCACACCUUUUGACUUCCAUUAUUGUCUGAAUGCUUUUCCUUCACCCCAGCUUCAUAUUGCAAUCAAAUUUGAUUGAUUUUACUGGACAGUGACUGAACAUGAAGAAUGCUAUUGUCUGUAACCAUAACUCAUUUUGAAAACAGAUGUUUCUGUAUGUUAUUUAUUUAAUUAUAUGUUGUACGCAAAACUUCCUCAUAUGUGGCUGGCUUUUGGAUCUUAUCUAGUUUAUGGGUGUAGAGGACAAUUCCCUAUAGAUAGUCUUAUGAACAUCUUUUUUAACAGGUAAACUCAGUGUCUUGGUAAUAGGAGUGAAGUUGGUAAGUAGCAGGAUAGUCAAAUGUAUAUGGCAUGAGCAGAGCUGUCAAAUAGCCUUCCGAGGCAGAUGUCUUUUCUCACUCCUAGCAGCAACAUCUGAGGGUCCCAUUUGCUAUCACCAGCAUUUCUGUCUUCUAAUUUCAGUCUUUCAGGAGGUAAUUCUGACCUGGCAAAUUUGAUGUACAUCAAGAUGAUUAAAAACAAUGAUGUAAUCAUUCUGUGAAGAGAAGAAACAUCACUUACCCCGGCUGCUUCAUUUGCAUGACAUUAGUUUGGGUUAUUUACACAAAUUAGUUUGAAAACUUUAAAACAUUUUAUGGGCAUUCUUGCUAAAAAAUCUUCCAAAUGUGUCCUAGCUUUAGGUAGGUUACUUAAGACAUAUAUAUUUGAUUUUUAGUGGGUAGCUUUUUCUUUCUCACUUCUUUAUUUUACAUUAUAUAUAUUUAUUUUUGUUGGAUAUUUUUAUUUACAUUUCAAAUGUUAUUCCCUUUCACGAUUCCUGUCCUAUUCCCUCCCCUUGUUCUAUAUGGGUAUUCCUCUCCCCAUCUACGCCCCCAACAUUCCCUUACAUUGUGGGUCUAACCUUGGCAGGACCAAGGACUUCUCUUUCCUUUGGUGCCCAACAAGGCCAUCUUCUGCUACAUAUGCAGCUGGAGUCAUUGGUCAGUCCAUGUGUACUCUUUGGGUAGUGGUUUAGUCCCUGGGAGCUCUGGUUGGUCGGUAUUGUUGUUCUUAUGGGGUUGCAAACCCCUUCAGCUCCUUCAGUCCUUUCUCUAACUCCUCCUUAAAUCAUUAAGCAAGAAUAUGCUAGAUAGACUUGACUACAGGCAAUGUGACGGAGGCAUUUCUCAACUGCAAAUGGAUGGAACUUGAGACUAUUAUCCUGAGGGAGAUUACCCAGUCCAAAAGGACAUUCAUGAAUGGUAUCUACUCACUUUUAAGUGGAUAUUAGCCAUAAAAUACCCAUUCUACCCUCCACAGACACAAAGAAGCUAAACAAGAAGGAAGGCACAAUUGAGAAUGCUUUAAUUUCACUUAAAAGGGGUAAUAAAACAGAAGAGGCAGAUGGAGGGAGGGAACUGGGUGAGAGAGUGGGUGAGGAGGGGAAUGGGAGGGAUCAGGAUCAGAUAUGAUGAGGGACAGGAGAGAAGGCCAGAUGGCAAUGGAAAUCUUCAACUGACAGGGGUGGGCAAGUAGGGGACAUCUCUAGGAUGAGACCUGGGAUAUUGGAGGCACCCAAGAUCAAUUGGGGUGACCUUAGCAGUGACACAUGGCAUUGAGGUUAUGGAACCUGAACAGGCCAUCUCCUGUAGCCAGGCAGGAACCCCAAUAGAGCAAUAGGGAUGCCAACUCUCCCAUAAAUCUUUUGAUUCAAAAUUUAUCCUGUCUAUAAGAAAUGCAGGCAUGAGGAUGUGGAGCAGAGACUGAAGAGUGGUAAACCAAUAAGUGGUCCAAGUUGAGGCGCAUCCCACAAGCACUAAUCCAUGACACUAUUUUUUUCUUUUUUUCAGAGCUGGGGACCGAACCCAGGGCCUUGCACUUGCUAGGCAAGCACUCUACCACUGAGCUAAAUCCCCAACCCCAUGACACUAUUAAUAAUACUCAUUUAUGCUUGCAGACGGGAGUCUAGCAUGGCUGUUCUCUGAUAGGCUCCACCUAGCAGUUGAUUCAGACAGAUGGCAGAUACCCACAACCAAACAGAGGAUGGAGUUUGGGGACUCUUAUAGAAGAACAGGAGAAAAGAUUGUGGGCCCUGAAGGGGAUAGGAACUCCAGAGGAAGACCAACAGAGUCAUGUACCCUAGACCCUUGAGGUUCUCAGAGGCUGAACAACCAAUCAAAGAACAAACACGGGCUGGACCUAGGCCUCCCUGAACAUAUGUAGCAAAUGUACGGCUUGGUCUUAAUUUGUUCCUGAACAACUGGAGCACAGACUAUCCCUAAAGCUGUUGCCUGUAUGUGGGAUAUGUUCUUCUAGCUGGGUUGCCUUGUCUGGCCUCAGGAGCAGAGGAUGUACCUAGUCUCACAGACUUGAUGUUCCAGGGUAGGGGGAUAUCCACAGGAGGCCCACUAGUUCAGACAGUGUCUUAACUUAAAAAAAUUAGGAAUUGUUUGUUUUGGGGAUUGAUAGUGGAAAUAGCACUGGGAUUUCCCAAUGCACCUAUGAAACAAAGUAUUAAUGUUUUCCUGGCAUAUAACUUAAUUAUGGUUAAAAUGCGAUCCAGUUGUAAUUAUGCAUUGUUUGGUAGAGUCACGUGCUUGAAAGGGUCUUCUUAAAACUAUGCUUAGCUUUCUUUAUACAAUUAAUACAUUUUAAAUGUCUCUAGUAUUUUCAAUAGUCAAGAAUUCUAUUAUAUUUGAAAAACAGAAGUUACUAUUAAUAUGGCACAGACACAAUGAAUCAAGCAACUCUGGAUCAUAUGGAGAUAUUAGUAGGUUUUCAUAUCUGACAAUGUUCUCCCUGUUCAGUUUGUAUAGUUGAUUUGAUAAGCAUAAGCAUAAUGCUUAAGCAAAUGUGAAAAUGUAGUUUUAAAUGAUCAAUAUUAAGUACCUGAAAGAACAUUUUUCUUCACCCAAGCAAUAGCUCAAAGGAGAAAAUCAAGUUGGUUACCAGAACUUUCUGUGUGUUCAAUUAUCUAUGAGAUUUCAUUAUGCUAACAGAUAAACAUUAUAUAUAUAUGUAUAAUAAUGAUAUGAUAUAUGUCUCAUAAAUGUAAUGAUCAUAUAUAUUUAUAUCAUAAUCUAUAUAUCAUCUCUCUCUAUAUUUUAUCAUGCUAUGUAUUGAUAUAGGUAUGUAAUCCAUUUUUGAUCCAUUUCUAAAUAUCUGUAGUUCUGUCUUCUACUUGUAUAUUUUGAGAACUCAAAUCUCUUCUGAGUAUGCUUGGAAUGAAAUAUCACUUUGAGGUUCUAUCUCGUACUUGAUUUUAAGUAUUAUUUUUAAGUUGGGGAAAUAUUACUACUUGAACAGUGACAUCAUUAACUAUUGAAAGGCUCAAAUGACCUUUGAUUGAACUGAAUGACUAAUUGUGACUAUAUUGAUAUUAUUCUCAAGUCUCCAUAUAUUCCAAGUUAAAAUUUUAGGGUUAGAUGAGAGACAGAAUAAAACAACAACACGAGGCAGGACCUGAGUUACAGCAUUUACAACGAAGAGCAGAAUGUGCAUUGGCGAGGUCUGAUGCUGUACCACGGCAUUGUCAACAUUAGCUGAGGUAAUGUCAUAAGACGGAGUCUCCAGAGAGCUGAACUGUCGGGUUUUCAUUGAUUACAGAUUGCAUGAAACGUUCAAUUCCUUAGGGCACACUAGGCAAUGAAUAAUUACUAGUACAUGGCAUCAAAACAUUUGUGAAUAAAACAAAACCCAGGUUAAAACAGUUUAGCUACUUAUGUAAACAAAUCCAAAUUUGCCCCAUAUUUCAUGGUAACUGGCAAUAUUUGCUAGAAGUUUGCUUCUCCCGCUUCAGUUGUGCGUAUUGUCGAUGUAGCUGGACUACUUUGCAUCAGAAGUACAACACAUAUUCUGUAACUGUGCUUUUCUCUUCAGUGAUGGGCACAGAGGGUAGACCCAUGAAAUUUACCUCAAUAUCAUUGCUGACCAAUGAAUUCACUAAUUCUAUAGCAGCACUCUCUACAGAUUGUAUAGAGAUACCACACCAUUCAUUUGGAGAAAAAUAAGUUAUUCUAAGUUCCUUUAGAGAUAAAAAUAUCUACUUAGAUUAUGUGGUAUUAUCCUGUCAUUCUUAAUAAAUGUUUUAGCUUCUGCAUGAAAGCUGUAAAUAUUUAUGAGUACCAUGUGAUGUUCCCAUGAUUGCAUAUGUGGAGUAGUCUCCAAAUCAGGUUAAAAAUAUCAUGUCCUCAAACCUGUGUCAUUUCUGUGAUGGCUCUCCAUGGUCGUCAACUAGACUAUAUCUGAAAUGUACUACAAUCCAGAAAUAGAGGACACACCUGUAAGAGAUUUUCUGCUUGGCUUGAAGUAGAUGAAACCACUUCUAGUCUGGAUCUUUGAGGAAGAAAAACUCACCUUGAUCCUGAUCUUGAGGCAGGAAGACACAGAACUUUUUUUUUUAACCUUAAAUCACUUUUUUUGUUGGAUAUUUCUUUAUUUACAUUUCAAAUGUUAUUCCCUUUCCUGGUUUUCUGUCCAUAAGUCCCCUAUCUCCUCCCCUUCCCCUUCUUCUAUAAGUAUGUUCCCCUUCCCACCCACUCCCCCUUUCUGCCCACUCCUGGCAUUAUCCUACACUGUGGGGUCCAACCUUGGCAGGACCAAGGGUUUCUCCUUCCAUUGGUGCCCAACAAGGCCAUCCUCUGCUACCUAUGCAGUUGGAGCCAUGGGUCAGUCCAUGUAUAGUUUUUGGGUAGACACAAACCUUUAAUUCAGCUCUUAAAUCAGGAAGACAUUCCUCUAAUAUGGGACAUACCUUCUUUUGAAAGUCUAUAACAAUAUAGAAGAAGGAAGCUUUAGCUCUUUGCCUACUUGUUCUCAUCUUGCUAACACAUCCCUUCCACUGCCAUUUGAGCCUACUUCUUCCAGAUUCCCGCAUACGUAGAAGACCAGCUGAGACAUCCAGUCUAGUGGGACUGAACAACUAUUAGAUUCUUGGACUUUCCAUUCAUAGCUGACCAUUGGAUUAGCUGGACUGCAGCCUGACCAGCCCCUUUACACAUUCAUAGAUGGGGUACAAGUUGAUGUGGACCAGCUCAAAGGCCUGAAUCUGGGCCUGGGUGGUAGCUGACCUGUUCAGUCCACCAGCUCUCCUGUUCCAAUGCCACCAGGACCAGCUCUCCUCACUACAGCACCAGGGCCAGCUUUCCACCACUGCCCCAGUGAGGGGCAAGACCAGAUUUCCAGCUCUCAGGCCCUCAGACUGGCUCUCCCUCAUCCAUAACUCCAGAGCCAGCUCUACUGGCUGUUCAGUAAAGGUAUAAAGGACAGUGGGUUGUGAAAAAUAUUCCUGGAGUAAGCUUGAGGUAUUUCCAGCACAAGAAUGGAUAGAAAGCACGGAAAAUACGUAGUGAAUGUGGAGCACUCUGCAAAACAGCAGCCAAGCGUGUGUCCACAUGGCCAAGAAGUUCAGCAUCCCACAUGCUGGUGUCCACCUUCAAAUGAAGUAACUGGAAAUGUCUCCUCCAACUUGCCUGGGGUCUGGGUGAGCCCAGGAAUCCUUGCACAUUCAGAAUGCCAACACCCAGAGCCCUGCAGCCCACAGGUGACUGGAAAUGGCCGUGGUGACUGGGGUUUGUGGAAAGUCUUCCUGGCUUCCCUUUUAGCCUCUGUGCUAACAACAGCGAUUGGAGUACUCAUACUAAGCUUGGUGAAUAGAAGCACAAACCCCAUUGUUAUCCAGGUAUCCCCAAACACUGAAGCCUCUACAGUUACACCUCAAACAACCUCUAGUCCUUCUCAAACAACAGCCAUCACUUCCACAGGGUUGACGACCACCACAACAUCCCCUGAAACUACAGCCACCACAGCCACCACGACUUCUACUGAAUCUUCAGGGACAUCCACUGCAGCGCCCACUGAAGCUAGUACCACAACAUCCAUGGCUGUGACUUCAACUCAACCUGUGACCACAACAGCCACCACCACCACCACCCCAUCUGUAUCCACAAGCACAGCUACAACCUCUGCUGCGUCCACUGAAACACCAGCCACAAACGCCGACUCGACUCAACCUGAAACUACGGCAACUUCCGCGUCAAGUGAAACCACAACCACCGCCAGUACCACAACCACCGCCAGUAGCACAACCACCGCCAGUAGCACAACCACCGCCAGUACCACAACCACUGCCAGUACCACAACCACUGCCAGUACCACAACCACCGCCAGUACCACAACCACCGCCAGUAGCACAACCACCACCAGUGCUACGGAAACUUCAACUCCUGCAUAACCCAUCAAGGAAGUGGUUAUGACCAUGGCUGCCAUUGGGUCUCCAUCUGGAUCUCGUAAGUCACUAUUGCAACAGCUGCUCGAAUCAAGAUGCCACCACGUUAAUAAUAAACCCUCUAACUGUGGAAGCCUCAAUAGCACCAGAUGCUACAACAACUGAAAAUUAGUUGGGAGACAAAACAGUCAUGACUUUCCUUAUUGUUUUAAUGGGACCUUGGUUCACUUAAAUUGACAACUAAUGCCACUUGCAUUUAACCUACAACUGUAAUUUCUGCCUACAAUAAAAGUGCUCUUUAUCCUCCUUAUGUAAGUUAUAAUCUCCAUUUGGCCAUGGGAACCAGGCAUAAAUGCCACUUUUGACAGAAUCACUGUCAAUCAUAAAAGUAAUUUAGUGUAUGUCAAGUACACUUUUAGUUAUCGUUCCUGUCAAUCACCUUGUCCUUACUUCCACACUGACUUUUCUCCAAACUACCUCUUCCUUACUAGCUGAGUUGAACAUAUAUCACUGACAUGUCUCAGGCAUGCCCACAAGAAGAAUGCAAAUUGGAGAAUAGUAAUCCGGAUCAUUAUUAGUACAAUAGUUAUCCCAAUUUUCACAAAAACCAACCCAUACUUACUAAAUGUAUUAAAAUUUUUAAUAUGACUGAGCUUUUAAGUUAUAAGACCCUUAACUUGGUUCUACAGCUCCAAUAGCGUAAUUCUGUACAGGCAAGCGAGCCAGCUGGUUCAUAGGUAGGAAGUCACUAAAAAGUUUCAUCUGAAAUAUAGCAAAAUUAGGCAUUUAGAUUUUAGUAGAUUUUUCCUUUUUUUUUUUUUUUUUGGAGCUGGGGACCGAACCCAGGGCCUUGCGCUUCCUAGGUAAGCGCUCUACCACUGAGCUAAAUCCCCAGCCCAGUAGAUUUUUCCUAAGUUUCACAACACUGCACUUCUCUGUGCAUAAAUUCAUACAUUAAAAUAGAAAUUUUAUGCACAGAAAAUUUGCACACAUUUAUUUAUAAAAAUGCUAAAUUUAAAUAAUUGUUUCCUCUAUGUUGAAAUUUAUUGUUUCUCUAGCCUCCUCUAUAUUAUAAAUAUCUUAUAAUAAUUUUUUCAUAAAUUUGGACAUCAUAAUCUCUCAUUGUAUAGCCUAAAGACUCACACCAUAGGCUGUUGAUCUUUGAAAAAAAUUUCAAUUAGAGAAGACAAAAGUAAUCAUUAAACAACUAUAGUAUACCAGGCACUAUCAUAAAAGUUUCUCAGGUAUUUGGCUCAAUUUCUAGCUUUCACAUUGUUCUUUAACCAUAGGGUAGAUCUGUGACUCAACAUUUUCUCUAUUACCCUUCCUGCUUCAGUAGCAGCUGAACUAGAUAGGAGUUCCUCAGAUUUAAUAUAUUUAAUUAAUAACAUUUGAUAAUUUUUAUCUUCAAAGUAACU